UCCAUAGGAUUCCAGUCACUUCUUGAAUUACUUUGCUAAAAUAAAUGAACUAUUUAGUGUUAGAAAUAAGUUGUAAACAGUUUCAGGUUUUUUCAUUAACAUGUCUGCGGGCUGUGCAGUGGCGCAGUUGGCAGCACUGUUGCCCCGGGCUCUUUCUGCUUGGCGUUUGCUCGGCUUCCUCCCAAACACAUGACUUCUCUAAAUUCUCAGGAGUGUCCCGUCUGUCUCUGUGUUGCCCUGCGAUGGACCGGUGACCGGGCACCGGCACCCUUCCCGAGGAAGUCGGAAGUUGUUCCUCCGUUCGGAAACCAGCUGAGUUGGAGCAGUUUUCGGUGGUUCGGGCGGUUCUGGUGGCGACAGAACUUAAACAUUAAUAAAUUGAACUAAAUGCGGAAGUGAGGUUCUGUCUUCUUCUGAGCUUAAAGUUUCUGAAUGCGGCAGAGCUAGCUGCCGCCCCCUGGAGGCUGGAAGGGGGAAGUGCUCAGGUGUCGCUCCAGGUCCAGUCGGUUCUGAAGGCUGCUUUCUUCUGACGCCACGUUAAACAUUUCACCUGUUUUCAAAGUGGAUUAAUUAUAUUUAAAUAAGCGCUGAAACGUUUCGCCAGAAGGCCAGACUUUAUUCCACUGUAAUGAUUUAGGAAUUGAAAUUGACACCGGUACCGAGUUCUGUCGGUUUUCUUGGUUUGCGUUUUCAAAGUUUUUUUUAUUUUUUAUUAAUUUUCUGCUCAGUUUAUCUGGUUGAAUUGCAGCUUACUAUUGUGAAGUGUGUGCUGUCAAAGUGUUUUUGGAAUCUGUAAUGAAGAUUUUUUUUAAAAACACGUUCGGCGUGCCGUUACCAUGACAACCAUCCAACUAACGACGGCAGUCGCAGGGACGAAGCUCAGAUGAACUUAAGUAUGAUUGCAUCACCGCGGCUGGGCGUCUUCAGAGAGUCGAUGCUGCGGGACCCGCUGCUGAUCAAGGCUCCGCUGGGGAGGGCACGGUCCAGGGGCCUCACCAUCCCGGGUCCAGAUUUCACCUAUGGAGCCAGCACCAUGAUGAGAGACGGAAGCGUGGCUGAAGCUCUGUCCAGCUGGCAGCUGCAGACCGAAGCUGAAGAGGCCGUGAUGAAGGUUCAGUGUCCGGACUUCGUGGUUCUGAACCGGGACGCGGUCCGGUCCGGUUUGGUGACGGCCAAGGAGCUGAGGCAGUACCGGCUCCAGAUGGGGGACCUUCAGAUCCAGGCCGCGGAGCAGCAGCAGCGGUGCAGAACCUCAAGGCGGCCCCAUCUGGUACCAGACAUCACGUUCGGGAUCCGCAACAGGCCGUCCUCUCCGCUGGCCGACGUCCUGGCUCACCACUACGGCCACCGCUGGCUGGAGGAGCAGCUGAGCCGGAACCGACCCGGCAACCUGACGGCUAAACCGGGUCGAGCUGCAGAGACCAGAACCAGCCUGCUGAGGAGCGCCAGAACCGAGACUGUCGAAAAGAAAGCCUUCACCCUGCCUCAGUUCUCACAGAUUCCGGCGGCGCUGGACACUUUCCGGGACUCGGCGGACCGGAAGCGGGCCGCCAGCGCUCAGCAGCAGAACCGGUGAUCCAGAGAGGACGGCCGGAUCGGAGCCAGAACCGGGCCGGUUCUGAUAAAAAUAAAGCAGCAAUGUUUGCUCCACAGGAACGA